AUGUUACUUGAUCACAGCUCCAGCUUCGUGAAGUCAGAUGAGGAGCCCCUUUUCCCACAAUUUCGCAAUCUUCCACCAGAGCUUCGUCUACAUGUCUGGAAAUACGCACUUCCAAGCGGUCGAACGCUCAAGGUAAAAGUCGACGCCUAUGACGAUACGCGAGCUUCCCUGCAGGGAAAUUUCUCGGCUACUCCCUCCAUCUGUCAUGUCAAUUCUGAAUCUCGAUGCUUAGCACUAAGCAUCCUUCGCAAUGGUCUCGGUCCCAAUACCGAAGAAUCCGAUUUCUACUGGAAUCCCAACACCGAUACCAUCUACUUCCCCCCCUCUGCAUCCUGGACCAGCGGCACCAUGGAAAAAUAUCUCUUCAAAGAAAACGUUCCCGCGUCGUAUCGCAACGACGGGAUCGUGCCCGUCGUGCAGCAUAUCGCUUUACCCCUCAAUGUCUGGCUGGCGCAAGGCCUCUACCUCGAGCCUCUCCCCGCUCGCUGGCUUCUCGAUUGGCUGUAUAAACUCCCCGCGCUGCAGUCCGUUACGCUGCUCAUCGAGCCGUUUGAUCAAUGGCUCGGUCUCCCCAAUACAUCCAUCGUCUACCAUGAACCGCUGGACGUACCGGUUUCGCAGCUGCUGGGGCACAAACCUUCGGAAAUGAAGGAUCUGCUGGAGAAAUCCCUCCAGGAGUAUCGCGCCGCGAAUGAUGAGGCUUGGGAACCCCCUGUGGUGGAGAUCCUGGUGUUGGGGAUGAAGAAGUUUAAGGGGUCGAAGAAGUGUAUUGAGAAGAGAACGAAUCUAGAUCGCGAGGAUGUGACGGGGAUCUAUGAACAUAGGCUUUCGAGGGAGGAGAAAAAUGCGAGGAGGUUGGUUAAUAGGUGGCCGGCGGAGAUUCAUGCGGUGGAGCAGUGGAGUUUGAUGGGGCAGCCGGAGGAGGAACUGGAUUUCUAG